CUGAGAGCUCUUCAUAGUUGUGCGAAAGGUGUUUAUUUUUUAAAAUUCUACGGAAUUUCGAGGAACCCGAUUACUCAAGAAUACAUACUAGUAAUUCAAUAUUGUAAAAUGGGUUCGUUAAAUAAAAACUUUUGUUUUAUCUCAAAACAAGAAUGGAGGACGAAAUUCAGCAUUCUUCGAGACGUCUCAAAAGAUAUGGAAUCGAUACACAACGAUGAGCGGGUUCACCGCGACUUACAUUCCGGAAACGUAUUACAGAAUGAAAACCUUACAUCUUACAUUUCGGAUAUGGGAUCUGCGUGUCCAAUAAAUUUGGAGGAAUCAGAUAUAACAG